ACUUCACACGCUCCUAAGCUCCUCCCCCGGCAACGAGCCAGCGUGGAAGGAUGGCCGGGAGGGCGGUGGGGUUGGUGUUGCUGGCGGGGGCAGCCGCACUAGCGAGCGGCUCCCAGGGCGAUCGCGAGCCGGUGUACCGCGAAUGCGUCCUCCAGUGCGAAGAGCGGAACUGCUCCGGGGGCGCGCUGAAGCACUUCCGCUCUCGCCAGCCAAUCUACAUGAGCCUGGCCGGGGAGCGCACCAGGCCACGUUUGUCUGUUUCAGGCUGGACCUGCCAAGACGACUGUAAGUAUGAGUGCAUGUGGGUCACCGUAGGCCUCUACCUCCGGGAAGGUCACAAGGUGCCACAGUUCCAUGGCAAGUGGCCCUUCUCCCGGUUCCUGUUCUUCCAAGAGCCGGCUUCUGCCGUGGCCUCUUUCCUCAAUGGCCUGGCCAGCCUGGUGAUGCUCUGCCGCUACCGCACCUCCGUGCCGGCCUCCUCCCCCAUGUACCACACCUGUGUGGCCUUCGCCUGGGUGUCCCUCAACGCUUGGUUCUGGUCCACAGUUUUCCACACCAGGGACACCGACCUUACCGAGAAAAUGGACUACUUCUGCGCCUCCACCGUCAUCCUCCACUCCAUCUACCUGUGCUGCGUCAGGACUGUGGGGCUGCAGCACCCAGCUGUGGCUGCCGCCUUCCGGGUCCUCCUGCUGCUGCUGCUGACCGCGCAUGUGUCCUACCUGAGCCUCGUCCGCUUUGACUACGGCUACAACCUGGCGGCCAACGUGGCCAUGGGCCUGGUGAACUUGGUGUGGUGGUUGGCCUGGUGCCUGCGGAACCAGCGGCGGCUGCCUCACGUGCGCAAGUGCGUGGGGGUGGUCGUGCUGCUGCAGGGGCUGUCCCUGCUCGAGCUGCUUGAUUUCCCGCCUCUCUUCUGGGUCUUGGAUGCCCACGCCAUCUGGCACAUCAGCACCAUCCCUGUCCACGUCCUCUUCUUCAGUUUUCUGAAAGAUGACAGCCUGUACCUGCUGAAGGAGUCUGAGGCCAAGUUCAAGCUGGACUGAAGACCCUGGGAGCGGGGCUGCCCAGUGGGGGAGCCUGCCCCCUCCCUGCUGACUCUCCCCCACUCAACCUUUGAGAUGAUUUUUUUUUUUCCUUUUGGCAUCUCAAAUUUGAACUUGAGAGUUGUGGGCUCAGAAUCAUGUGGCUGCCCACCCACUGCGGGCCUCCCCAGGUCUCGGGGCCAGAGAUUGGGCUGCCGAUCUAGCUCCUGGAGCUGAACGGGGAUGGAACCGAGUGGAUUCUUAGGUCUGCUGAGACAUGCCUCUGUUUCCCCAGCACCAGCAGCACCCCCACCCCCCACCCCCACUGGGGCCCGGAGCCCUCUGUGUACUGAGGAGAUCUGUUCCCAGCAGCCUCUGGGGAUACAGGGAAGGCCCCUCUGUUACCAUGCGCUCCUCCAGGACACCACUAGGUGGCACUGGAUGCUUGCUCUUCGGCCACCUAAAUCUGCGGUCCAAUCUCAUUGUCCCCAUGGGACCUCAAUUGAAGGCCCAAGCUGCAGGGACCGGGAUGGGAAUGGGUUUCCACCUGACUGUUGCUGCAGCCAGAUGCCCAGGAAGCCUCGCAUACUCCCCUCCGAGCCCAGAACAAAAGUCCUGCGCUGCUUUUUGGCUUGGGAGGCUCCAUGAGGUUCAAGGGAGCAUGGGUCAGGCCCAGUGCAGGGGAGCAUGGGUCAGGCCCAGUGCAGGGAGCAUGGGUCAGGCCCAGUGCAGGGGCGCCAGACCAUGAGCUCAGCCCUGGGCGUGCAGUGUGGAGAACGGAGUGUGUGUGUUCAGGGGGCAAGGGGGUUGUGUGGGUGGGGGGAUUUUGCAUAGACUGUGAGUGUGCCUGUGGGCUGUGCCUGGGAAUGGAUGCUGGUGAAUGUGCUGUGGGUGUGUGUGUGUUGGGGGGAGCAGGAUGGGGGGAACUAAGUCACCAUUACAGCCAUUGAGCACUAGCUCUGCCCAAGGCCCAGCCAGGCAGCCAGGAUAUCCCCCCGAUCAGGCUGGGGCUGGGGUCCAGGCUCGCCAUGUGUGUGCCCGGUGUACCUUCGCCACCCCUCCCAGCCCCAACAGGACGUCCCACAACUUAGAACCACCCUCUAGAGCCAGCCUCUGGGAAGGAAGAGGAGGGAGGGAAAUAGGGGUCCCCAGGGCCCUUCGCGGCCUGCCGCCCUGCCCAGGCCUGACGGCCUCGCCCUCCUGGUGCCUGCUCUUUGAGGGAGGAGGGGAGAAAGCCUGUGGCUGGUGAGCCCAGAGGGGCUCGCUGUUCCAGGGUGGCUGUGAGGCAGGCAGGGGCCAUGCUCUGCCGGUGUCCUGGUAAAGGUGACCCCCUGGAGUUGCCGGCAGCCCUGGCACAUUCCUGCCCCCCCCCCCCAUGGAAUGUGGAGCUCCGGAAACUUUCCCAAAGGCAGUGCCUGUGCCUGAAAUAGGGAGACUGGGUUCUUGCUCUGUCCCUGCCCCCUUGUCCCUCCCCGGGAGGUAGGGGACUGUGCCAGGACUCCAAUCUCAGGGACUGGGGCGGCCUUUGUUAGGUUCUUUUGAUACUGGAAACUAUUUUAAGGUGGGAGGGUGGCAAGGGACGUGCCUAAUAAACAAUUCUCUGUCUCA